AAGAUUCACAGACCAGUCAAUACUGUUUCAACGACUUUGCAGAGUGCAUUUGAACAUGCCCCCUGCAGCAGGAACCAAUCUAGGCUACACGCCACCAGAUGGAGGCUGGGGCUGGGCUGUCGUGGUCGGUGCUUUCAUCUCCAUAGGAUUCUCUUAUGCCUUUCCCAAGUCCCUGACCAUCUAUUUCAAGGAGAUUCAGGAAUAUUUCUCUGUGUCCUACAGUGAGAUUGCCUGGGUGUCCUCAGUCAUGCUGGCUUCGAUGUACGCAGGAGGUCCUAUCAGCAGCAUAUUUGUUAACCGCUACGGCAGCAGACCAGUGGUUAUGCUUGGGGGGGUCCUGGUGAGCGCUGCCAUGGUGCUUGCCUCCUUUGGUACUAAUAUCAUCCAUCUAUACCUCUGCGUUGGAGUAAUUGGAGGGUUUGGGCUUGCCUUCAACCUGCAGCCAUCCCUGACGAUCAUAGGCACUUACUUCCAUGUCAAAAGGCCAGUAGCAAAUGGACUUGCUAUGACAGGAAGUCCAGUUGUUCUUUUCACGCUGGCUCCUCUAAACCAAUUACUCUUUGACUCUUUUGGCUGGAGAGGGAGUUUCCUCAUUCUGGGGUCAAUUGUUUUGAACUGCUGUGUGGCUGGUUCUCUGAUGAGACCGGUCAAUAAGCAGGCUCAGCUCAAGCCCAACCAAGACCUGCAGACGUGCAACGGGCCGCCCAAAGGGGAAACAGCUGCUGCUGAGGACACCAUCCCGGAGUCGGUCAAAGCUCAGCGCCCUGCUCCUAAAUUCGUUGACCUCUCGCUUUUCAGACACAGGGGUUUUCUCAUUUAUCUCAUCGGAAAUGUGGUGAUGUUUUUUGGCUUUUUUGCUCCGGUUGUUUUUAUGGCUCCAUAUGCCAAACAUCUAGGGACUGAUGAAUAUUCAGCAGCAUUCUUGCUCUCCAUCUUUGCUCUGGUGGACAUGUUCAUCAGACCAAUAACUGGCUUCGUCGGCAACAGCAAGUGGAUUCGACCAAGAAUACAAUACUUUUUCAGCUUUGCAGUUUUGUACAAUGGCGUGUGUCACCUUUUGUGUCCGCUGGCAUCUGGAUACAAGGGUCUAGUUGUGUAUGCCGUCUUCUUUGGUUUGGCAUUUGGGAUGGUCUCAGCGCUGCUUUUUGAAGUCUUGAUGGACCUAGUUGGAGCUCAUCGCUUCUCCAGUGCAGUGGGACUCGUCACCAUUGUCGAGUGCGCCCCAGUGCUUCUUGGACCUCCAAUUUCAGGAGCUCUGGUUGAUAUUUAUGGGGACUACAAAUACAUGUACUAUGCAUGUGGUGUGCUUAUGGUGGUGCCUGGCAUAUUUUUCUUCAUCAUGCAUUACUACAACUAUAAGAAACUGGAUGAGGAGCGCAGGCAGAGGUUGGCGGUGGAAAUAAAGGAUUCUGAAGAAGCAGUGCAACUGAAAAUGAGCAAGGAUGAUGAACCAGUGAAUGAAACCGAUGCAUGAACUUCUUUCAGUCGAACUGAAACGUUACAUCGUACAGGCUUACAAUACAGAGACAACUUUUAGUAUUAAUAAAAAAUUAUCAAUUAAAUUAACAAGUAGGAACAAUUAAACUUUUUUUUAAUAUUUAUCUUCAUAUUUACAUUAUGCUGUUUAAUUGUAUGUAUACCAAAAGAACAGUAUAUGGCAAUAUCCUCUGGCAUUUGCUCAUAACUCAUUCAGAACAGUCCAGAGCAGUUAUUGUAAUUUGUUAACAACAUGUUUAGGUUAUGCUUAGUUUCUACAGUCUGGAAAAGAAACUGCAUGACCGCCAAAGCAUAAUGGGUCAAAUAAAAGACGCAAGACUGAACAACGCCGGAUCCAGCAACCAACGUUUAUGAUCACCUUCUGACCACUAGAUGGCGUUGAAUGCUGACAUGUGAAAGCUUAAAGUGAAAGAAUGCAUCUCUUUAAUUAAAAAAACUAAAUUAUACAGUUGGUGUUUUCAUUGGUGGAUUUGGUUUUUACAGCAUUGCUUUCCAUAAUCAAGGAUAAAAAAAACCCAGCUUCACAAAUAACAAUUAAAUUAAGCAUCUGGUGUGAAG